AUGGGGGAUGCUGUGAUGAGAGAGUUUGGGGCAGCAGCUCCAUUCCUGAGGAAAUCAGACAGGGAGCGUCUAGAGGCCCAGACUCGUCCCUUCGACAUGAAGAAAGAGUGCUUUGUUCCUGAUACUGAUGAGGAGUAUGUGAAGGCUUCCGUCACCAGUCGUGAGGGUGACAAAGUCACUGCUCAGACUGCGAACGGGAAGACUGUCACUGUGAACGAGUGCGAUGUUCACCCUCAGAAUCCGCCGAAGUUCGAUAAAAUUGAAGACAUGGCGAUGUUCACCUUCCUCCAUGAGCCCGCUGUGCUGUUCAACCUCAAAGAGCGUUACGCAGCAUGGAUGAUCUAUACCUACUCUGGGCUGUUCUGUGUGACUGUCAACCCCUACAAGGCGCUGCCAGUCUACAACCAAGACGUGGUUGCUGCCUACAGAGGAAAGAAGAGGGCUGAAGCUCCCCCUCAUAUAUUCUCCAUCUCUGAUAAUGCCUACCAGUACAUGCUCACUGACAGAGAAAAUCAGUCAAUUCUCAUCACUGGAGAAUCUGGUGCUGGGAAGACUGUUAACACCAAGAGAGUCAUUCAGUACUUUGCCAGCAUUGCAGCUGCAGGUGGAAAGAAAGACGCCGGCUCUGAAAAAAAGGGUACUCUGGAAGAUCAAAUCAUCCAGGCUAAUCCAGCUUUAGAGGCCUUUGGUAAUGCCAAGACUAUCAGAAAUGACAACUCUUCCAGAUUUGGCAAAUUUAUCCGAAUUCACUUUGCUGCCAGUGGAAAGCUGGCCUCAGCUGAUAUUGAGACAUAUCUGCUGGAAAAGUCCCGUGUCACCUUUCAGCUUAAGGCUGAGAGAGACUAUCACAUCUUCUAUCAGAUUCUGUCUCAGAAGAAACCUGAGCUGCUCGAGAUGUUGCUCAUCACCAACAACCCCUAUGACUACGGCUUCAUCUCCCAAGGAGAAACGACUGUAGCCUCGAUAAACGAUGCAGAUGAGUUGAUGGCCACUGAUGAUGCCUUUGAUGUGCUGGGCUUCACUCAAGAAGAGAAGAAUGGAAUUUAUAAGCUGACUGGGGCUAUCAUGCACCAUGGUAACAUGAAGUUCAAGAACAAGCAGCGUGAAGAGCAGGCAGAGGCUGAUGGCACUGAGGAUGCUGACAAAGUUGCAUAUCUGAUGGGCCUGAACUCUGCUGACCUCAUCAAAGGCCUCUGUCACCCGAGAGUCAAAGUUGGAAAUGAGUGGGUCACCAAGGGACAAAAUGUCCAGCAGGUGAACUAUUCUAUCGGUGCAUUGUCUAAGUCAGUGUAUGAAAAGAUGUUUCUGUGGAUGGUGGUGAGGAUCAACCAUUCCUUGGACACCAGGCAGCCUCGUCAGUACUUCAUUGGUGUAUUGGACAUAGCUGGAUUUGAAAUCUUCGAUUACAACACGUUUGAGCAGAUGUGCAUCAACUUCACCAAUGAAAAACUGCAACAGUUUUUCAACCACCACAUGUUUGUGCUGGAGCAGGAAGAGUACAAGAAAGAGGGCAUUGAAUGGACUUUCAUUGAUUUUGGUAUGGAUUUGCAGGCCUGUAUCGACCUCAUUGAAAAGCCCAUGGGAAUCAUGUCCAUCCUUGAAGAGGAGUGCAUGUUCCCUAAAGCUUCUGAUGCCACCUUCAAAGCUAAGCUCUAUGACAACCAUCUGGGGAAAUCUGCCAACUUCCAGAAGCCCAGAGUUGCCAAAGGGAAACCAGAGGCUCAUUUUGCCCUGAUGCACUAUGCUGGAACUGUUGAUUAUAAUAUCACCAACUGGCUGGUGAAGAACAAGGAUCCUCUGAACGAGACUGUUGUUGGAUUGUACCAGAAGUCCAAUCUCAAGCUGCUUCCGGUCCUUUUUGCAAAUUAUACAGGAGUUGAUUCAGCGGAAGGUGGAAAAGGGGGCAAAGGAGGAGGAAGCAAGAAGAAGGGUUCAUCCUUCCAAACUGUGUCUUGCUUGCACAGGGAGAACCUGAACAAGUUGAUGACCAACUUGAGGUCUACUCACCCCCACUUUGUACGCUGCCUCAUCCCCAAUGAGACCAAGACUCCUGGGGCCAUGGAGAACCCGCUGGUGAUGCACCAGCUGCGCUGUAACGGUGUUCUGGAAGGAAUCAGAAUCUGCAGAAAGGGUUUCCCCAACAGGAUCCUCUAUGGAGAUUUCAAACAGAGAUACCGUAUCCUGAACCCUGCUGCCAUUCCUGAGGGGCAGUUCAUUGACAGCAGGAAGGGAGCCGAGAAACUCCUUGGGUCUUUGGAUCUAGAUCAUAAUCAAUACAAGUUUGGACACACCAAGGUGUUCUUCAAGGCUGGUCUUCUGGGGACACUGGAGGAGAUGAGGGAUGACCGUUUGUCACUCAUUAUCACUGGUAUCCAAUCUAGAGCAAGAGGUCUGCUGGCAAGACAGGAAUUUCAAAAGAUUUAUGAAAGGAGAGAUGCUCUAUUGGUGAUCCAGUGGAAUGUCCGAUCCUUCAUGGGGGUCAAGAAUUGGCCCUGGAUGAAGCUGUUCUUCAAAAUUAAACCUCUGUUGAGAUCUGCUGAGGCAGAAAAGGAGAUGGCCAAUAUGAAGGAAGAAUUCCUGAAGCUGAAAGAGGCUUAUGCCAAGUCUGAAACUCGUAGGAAGGAACUGGAGGAGAAAAUGGUUUCCCUUCUCCAAGAGAAGAAUGACCUUCAGCUAAAUGUCCAGUCUGAGCAAGAUAAUCUUGCAGAUGCUGAAGAAAGAUGCGAGGGGCUGAUCAAACACAAAAUCCAGAUGGAAGCAAAAGCUAAAGAGCUGACAGAGAGGCUGGAGGACGAGGAAGAGAUGAACGCUGAACUGACGGCCAAAAAGAGGAAGCUGGAGGACGAGUGCUCCGAGUUAAAGAAAGACAUUGAUGACUUAGAGUUAACUCUGGCAAAAGUGGAGAAAGAGAAGCAUGCCACUGAGAACAAGGUGAAGAACCUGGUUGAGGAGAUGGCAGCUCUGGAUGAGAUCAUUGCCAAGCUGACCAAGGAAAAGAAAGCCUUACAGGAGGCUCAUCAGCAAACACUGGAUGACCUGCAGAGUGAAGAGGACAAAGUCAACUCUCUGACCAAGGCCAAGGCCAAGCUGGAGCAGCAAGUGGAUGAUCUCGAAGGUUCUCUUGAACAAGAGAAGAAAGUACGAAUGGAUCUUGAGAGAGCAAAGCGUAAGCUGGAGGGAGACUUGAAGUUGACCCAGGAGAGCCUAAUGGACCUGGAGAAUGACAAGCAGCAACUUGAAGAACAUAUGAAAAAGAAAGAUUUUGAACUCAGCCAGCUGAGUAAUAGAAUAGAGGACGAGCAGGCCAUUGCUAUUCAGCUUCAAAAGAAAUUGAAAGAGCUUCAGGCUCGUAUUGAAGAGCUAGAGGAAGAACUUGAGGCAGAGCGAGCUGCCCGAGCCAAGGUGGAGAAGCAGAGAGCAGAAUUGGCCAGAGAGCUGGAGGAGAUCAGUGAGAGGCUGGAGGAGGCCGGUGGAGCCACAUCUGUCCAGAUUGAGAUGAACAAGAAGAGGGAGGCUGAGUUCCUGAAACUGCGCAGAGACCUUGAAGAGGCCACUCUGCAUCAUGAAGCCACCGCUGCAUCACUCAGGAAGAAACAAGCUGACAGUGUUGCUGACCUGGGAGAGCAGAUAGACAACCUGCAGAGAGUCAAGCAGAAACUGGAGAAGGAGAAGAGUGAGCUCAGACUGGAGCUGGAUGACGUGGUGUCCAAUAUGGAACAUAUUGUGAAGACAAAGACAAACCUAGAGAAGACCAGCAGGACAAUGGAGGAUCAGAUGAAUGAAUACAAGUGCAAGUUUGAAGAAGCUCAACGCUGGAUCAAUGAUUUCAAUCUGCAAAAAGCUAAGCUCCAAACCGAAAAUGGUGAACUCUUAAGGCAACUGGAGGAGAAGGAUUCCCUGGUGUCUCAGCUGACAAGAGGAAAAAUGUCUUACACUCAACAGGUUGAAGAUUUAAAGAGACAACUGGAAGAGGAGACCAAGGCAAAGAGCGCUCUGGCCCAUGCAGUGCAGUCCUCCCGUCAUGACUGUGACCUGCUGAGGGAGCAGUAUGAGGAGGAGCAGGAGGCCAAGGCUGAACUGCAGCGCGGCAUGUCCAAGGCCAACUCUGAGGUAGCUCAGUGGAGAACUAAGUACGAAACGGAUGCCAUCCAGAGGACCGAGGAGCUGGAGGAGGCCAAGAAAAAGCUGGCUCAGCGUCUGCAGGAUGCUGAGGAGGCUGUUGAAGCAGUGAAUGCUAAAUGUUCCUCUCUGGAGAAGACCAAGCACAGACUGCAGAAUGAGAUUGAAGAUCUCAUGGUGGAUGUGGAGAGGUCUAAUGCUGCUGCUGCUGCUCUGGACAAGAAGCAAAGAAACUUUGACAAGGUCCUGUCUGAAUGGAAGCAGAAGUAUGAGGAGUCUCAAUGUGAACUGGAGAGCUCUCAGAAAGAAGCCCGGGGUCUGAGCACUGAGCUCUUCAAACUGAAGAACUCCUAUGAGGAGUCGAUUGAUCAUCUGGAGACGCUGAAGAGAGAGAACAAAAACCUGCAGGAGGAGAUAUCCGACCUCACUGAGCAACUUGGUGAGGGUGGUAAGACCAUCCACGAAUUGGAGAAAUUGCGGAAACAAUUGGAACAGGAGAAGAAUGAGAUCCAGUCUGCUCUCGAGGAAGCUGAGGCCUCCCUUGAGCAUGAGGAGGGUAAGAUUCUCAGAGCCCAGUUAGAGUUCAAUCAAAUUAAAGCCGAGAUCGAACGCAAACUAGCUGAGAAAGACGAGGAGAUGGAACAGAGCAAGAGGAACCUGCAGAGGACCAUUGACACCCUGCAGAGCUCUCUUGAAGCUGAGUGUCGCAGCAGGAAUGAGGCCAUGCGUCUGAAGAAGAAGAUGGAGGGAGACCUCAAUGAGAUGGAGAUCCAGCUCAGCCAGGCCAACAGGCAGGCAGCUGAGGCCCAGAAACAACUCAAAUCUGUGCAUGCACAUUUGAAGGAUUGCCAAAUUCAGCUGAACGAGUCUCUUCGGGCCAAUGAUGAUCUUAAAGAGAACAUUGCCAUUGUUGAGAGACGAAACAACCUGCUUCAGGCUGAACUGGAGGAACUCAGGGCUGCACUGGAGCAAACUGAGAGAAGCCGUAAACUCGCUGAGCAAGAGCUGCUGGAUGUUAGUGAGAGGGUGCAGCUACUGCACUCACAGAACACUGGCCUGAUAAACCAGAAGAAGAAGCUGGAGGCCGAUACUUCCCAGCUUCAAACUGAAGUGGAGGAAGCAGUGCAGGAGUGUAGAAAUGCAGAGGAAAAGGCCAAGAAGGCCAUUACUGAUGCAGCCAUGAUGGCAGAGGAGCUGAAGAAAGAGCAGGACACCAGCUCUCACCUGGAGCGUAUGAAGAAGAACAUGGAGCAAACCAUCAAAGACCUGCAGCACCGUCUGGAUGAAGCUGAACAGAUCGCCAUGAAGGGAGGCAAGAAGCAAAUGCAGAAGCUCGAGGCCAGGGUGAGGGAGCUGGAGAAUGAGGUGGAGUCAGAGCAGAAAAAGAGCAGCGAAGCUGUAAAGGGAAUGCGUAAAUAUGAAAGACGUAUCAAGGAGCUCACAUACCAGACUGAGGAAGACCGCAAGAAUGUUGCGCGGCUGCAGGAUCUGGUUGACAAACUGCAGCUGAAAGUCAAAGCUUACAAGAGAUGUUCUGAGGAGGCUGAGGAGCAGGCCAACACUCAUCUGACCAAGUUCCGCAAACUGCAGCAUGAGCUGGAUGAGGCGGAAGAGCGAGCUGAUAUCGCUGAGUCACAGGUCAACAAGCUGCGCGUCAAGAGCCGCGACGUGGGUUCAAAGAAAGGGCUUGAUGAGGAGUGA